AUGCUGCUUCCCAGCGUCCUCUCCUUGCUCGCCUUAGCGACCUAUUUCUCAAAAGCAACGGCAGCAAAUUCAACAUUGCAUGACAAUGGAAGACUUGCGCCGCUGAAACGAGUAACAACUGCUGCCCCUAGCUCACUCGCCGUGGAGUAUUACGAAGCCGGGCCCUCUGGCGGCGAGACAGUGCUUCUAGUUCAUGGAUUCCCCUAUUCAAUCGAUGCCUUCGUUUCAGUCAUACCACUGCUUGUCAACCAAGGCUAUCGAGUCAUUGUGCCUUACCUUCGCGGCUUUGGUGGAACCAGAUUCCUCUAUCCGCACACCCCGCGCAGUGCCGAACAGGCUGCUUUGGGGUACGACAUCAUUGCACUGAUGGAUGCCAUUCAUCUCGACACUGCAAUAUGUGCAGGUUAUGACUGGGGCGCUGUUGCCGUGAAUGUCGCAGCAGCAUUAUGGCCCGAACGAUGCACUCGCAUGGUGGCGGCCAACAGUUAUCUCAUCCAGAACCGUUCCACGGCCUGGCAACCCAGUGAUCCCGACUCGGAGGCCACAAAAUGGUAUUACUACCUUCUUCUCACUCCGCGUGGGGCAGCAGGUCUUGCUGAAGACCCCAAGAGAUGGACAGAGGUACUAUGGAAGAAGAAUUCCAUCGGAUGGAAUUUUACCGAGGAGUAUCUAGACGCAACGGUCACUUCCUUGUUCAAUCCAGAUUUUGUUGAUAUUGCGGUCAAUUUCUACCGGAACAGACUCUUAUAUGCACCUGGUGAUCCAGCUUUCAUUGACUUGGCAAAUAAGCUGGACGAUCAGCCUCCCAUCACCGUUCCGUCUGUGACCCUGGAUCCCGAAAAUAGUGUCGUCUUGACGCCAGCCAACGGAUCAGCAACGGCAAAACACUUCACUGGUCCACGCUGUCAUUAUCUGAUUCCUGGUAUCGGGGAAAAUAUACCAUACCAGGCGCCCAAGGCGUUUGCCCGUGCGAUUAUGGAAGUUUCGCGUCUGAGUGCUUCAAAUACCAACUGUGAUGCUAUCUUUUAG